ACAUGGUGAGGGUUAGCCACGACGAAUACUGCCAGAAAAGGCCGUCAAACUUCCCCCAUGAUUAACCGGAUGUGAUAGUGCACAAAGAUCACAGAAUGCGGAAGUACUACGUAUCAGCGUGAUAAUCCCCUAUUAGGGUAUUUAGCAAAUGCUUUUAUCCAAAGUGACAUACAUCGGUUAAUGCACACAUUGACACACCAUUAGCAGAGUAAACCAUGCAAGGCGACAGCUCUACCUCCUGAGCUAAGACAGUUUGUAGGCUAUAUAUAGGCUUUUAAUAACGGAUGGUUAGAAGAAAAUGCCAAUUCUAGGGAUUUUGCUCAUCAUUCAAGGCGUGUGGAGCAGAGACUUGGCUGUUGAGUACCAAAGCCAGUGUGCUUUUAGAGGGACAUCAGUAACAAUACCAUGUUCUUAUAGCCAUCCACCAGGUCAUAAUGUCACUUCAGUCACCUGGUACAGAGGAGAGCCACUACCUGGCGGGUGGGAUGGAUAUCGCUUCUUCAACCCCCCCUCAAUGAAUGGACAUUUUCAAUACCUGGGUGACACAUCUGGUUUAUGCACAUUGAGGAUCAACAGCCUACAUGACCCUGACCAAGCAGGGUACUUUGUUAUAUUAAAGACAGAAGAUAAUAACUUCACUGCCCCAUAUAUCAAUUUGACCGUUCAAGACCCAGGGAUCACUGCCGUUGUACCGACCGUUGUUAAAGAGAGGGACAUGGUGAGUCUGAUCUGCAAGACAAAAUGUAUUGGCCAUCCCCCAGCCAACAUGGUAGUGUGGUCACGAGAUGGAAAAGCAGUGGCUAGUCCAACGUUCCGGGCCGGGCUGGACGAUGCAGGGAGUUACCAGUGUGCCUGGGAGGGACUGCAGUCCAACACAGUAACCCUCGAUGUUCAAUACCAUCCACGGAACACAACGGUGUGGGUCGAACCCCAAGGAGAGCUGUUGAAAGGCAUUAGCGUGAAGUUGACCUGCAGCAGUGCUGCCAACCCACCCGUACACAACUACACCUGGUGGUGGUACAGUGGUACUGCACCACCCCCCGUCAGCUCCAUGCUGGUCCCCAUCGGAACGGGACAGGUGUUGCACCUGGCCUCUCUGGUGACCUCUCAGACAGGAUAUUACCUCUGCCAGGCCACGAAUACUCUGGGGGAGAGCAACUCCUCUGCACUGCUGCAGAUCGAGGGAACCACACUGGGCAGAGCAUCUAUAUUCAUCAGAUCUGGAGUAGUUGUCACUGUCCUUGUGGCACUCACUGUGCUGGUUUGCUUUUGUUCACGGAAACAACCAAAGACCAAGGAAAACCAACACAGCAUGGCUACCAGCAGCCCCAGUGGGAGGAGCCCCAACUCUUCAACCAAUCCCAACCUGGACCCCCUGUAUUCCAACAUCUCUUCAUUACCCAAUCGGUCACUGACUCCUCUCCAGGUUCUCCAUGACAUCCACACGCAUGACUCAGGACAGGAACGGGAUUUUGGAGAAACAGACCUGUAAAUCCCGGAGACCCAAAGCAGCAGCCAUUCCAACCAACAGAAGCAGGGGAUGCAGCAGGACACUCUGUGAUCUACAGCUCAGCGGCUGAAGCAACAUGAGAAGAGCACAGCCGGGAUUGGAAGGCCUCGAUUGGAGGCCUCUGCAUGCUUUUGCUUGAAAAUAUGUGUAUUUUAGCAAUAGUCUUUAGUUUGUUUUGUGAUGGGAAUCUAUAUAAUUUAACCAUCUAAGCAAAAGAUAGAAGAAUCAUCAAUUGUUUGCAUUUUUUACAACAAUUUAAGAGUGGUGGAUGAAUGGAGGUUUUGCUGAAUGGGUCAAACAAAUGAGUUCUUCCCAGGAGACCAGGAGACCAGGGGCAAAGUCCUGUGUUAUCUUUUGACUUGGCUGACUUAUUACAUUAAUUCACUACUACUUGGUUAGGUUUCCGCAACACAACAACUUUGUUAGGCUAGGCAACACAAAAAGACUUUGUUUGGUUAAGGCAACGCAACUAUUAGGUUAGGCACGACAAAUUCUGCCAGAAAAGACCGGCAAACUUCUCCCAUGUAAGGAGACCACAAUCGAACCCAGUCUAACUCAGUUACAGUUGUCAUCGUAUUAAUGAAAAAAAAAAAGUUCAAAAUCUAUGUUUACGUAUGCGUAAUACUAGUACGUUUUGGAUCACUUUUCCCUUUAAAAAUUAAAACAUCACAACACUUAAAAAUUAAGGCCUUUAUUACAAUACUAAACAUAACAUCUUGAAAAAUCAAUGACGAAUAAAAACUCAGUAACAACAUUCUGCUUCAAGAAUAAUACAAAUUGUGAACAUCAUAGUUGUUUUUAAUCAAUCACAUUAGGGGACAGUAUCGGAACAUCAUGCACAACAACAUUUAUUGAAAUGUAAAGAAUCCAUUGUCAAAAAUAAUUAUUGCUGCACUUCUUUAACUUUUGUUUCUUAAAAAUGCCAUUAAAAUCUUCCUUAUAAACUGUGGCUCCUGUUCUGAAAUUGUGUGUUAUCAAAAAUAAUUCCUUAAAAAAGAAUGACCCUGCUUCCAUGACUCCUUUGCUAGAAAAUGUCCCGUCGACCAUCAAUCACAGUAGUUCAGAAUUACGCUCAAUACACAAAAUGAAGAUUUAACGAGUUUAUCAUCAUAGGGCUACAGUGGAUCCUGCUGUGUUCUGCACUGUAACGUAGAACCCUUUCGUCAGAUAAUCCACACUUUAUUACACAUUCACAUUACUGUUGACAAGUUAGAAAAUAUUCCAUAUCAGAUAUGUAUUAUACGUAUUACCAUAUUAACUCCUACAUAGAUGUGAUAUUGUUCGCUCAAGAUGUGGUUGGUGAAGAUUAUAUUUGGUACAUUUGCGUAAUGCUAAUUGUUACAAAGUAAAUUGAACAUGAGCUUCAAUCUCUGCAAUGUAUCCGAAAAUAAGACUGAAUGCAUAAGAUUAUAUAUCCUCAUUUAGUGUUAUUAGCCCUGUUCAAACAAGAGAUUUAAUAUCAUUCAAUAUCAUCAGCCCGUGAAAAAUAUGUGGAUUCUGCAUUUUUUUUUAAAAUCUAGAUUGUAUCCAGAUUCUAAAUAUGAAGGGCUCAACACCUUCACCACCGCCUCAGCCUGCUUCCACACACACACACACACACACACACACACACACACACACA